AUGAUAAAUGGCUUCGCUCUUCGAAGAGCGCCAGUUCAUAAUGCCGCUGCACGAUUGCUGACGCGCAGUGUUGCCUCUCCGCGGCCAUACCAGACACCCUCAAUUCGUCGCCUCCAAACACAGGCAUGGGAGCCUCUUCGCCCGCCGAAUCCUGCAGACCUGCCUAAGCCGAGGAAACGAAAGAUCAAACCGCCUUUCACCCAGCGAAGAUGGGUGCGCCGCCUCGCUAUCCUGUCUGCGCUGCUUGGCGCAGGAUAUGCUUUCGACAAGCUAUUCUACGCCUCUUCGAUCACACGUAGUUUGCGCACAUUCAAGACUGGUCUCACGAUAGGCUUCGACUACAAGAUCAACUUUCGCGCGCAUCCUCCUUUCGCAAACAGUAUAGAAGAGGUGCAUGCCCGCAAUGCGCAGAGAGUCUUCGACCUGCUGAGGUACAAUGGAGGACUAUACUUGAAGAUUGGCCAGGCAAUUGCAAUGCAGAGCGCAAUAUUGCCGCCUGAAUUUGCAAAGAUGUUCCAGAAGAUGUUCGACGACGCGCCGCAGAACGAAUGGGCCGAUGUCGAAAAAGUCGUUCGCGAAGACUUUGGCGGCAAGAGCGUGCAAGAGGUCUUUGGCGUCAGCUUCACCGGAGAGGAGGGUAAGGGUAUAAUGGAGAAGACAGCAAGAGCCAGCGCAAGUGUUGCGCAAGUGCAUUGGGCCCGGCUCGCCGACGGACGCGAAGUUGCAAUCAAGAUCCAGAAGAGGGAGAUUGUGCAGCAGGUUGGCUGGGAUCUUUGGGCCUUCAAGGUCGUGGCGAAGGCAUAUACGUGGUGGUUCGGCAUACCCAUAUAUACCCUCGUCCCAUACAUUACCGAACGUCUCAUGCUCGAAACCGACUUUGAGAAUGAAGCCAACAACGCUGAGGAGAUGCGCAAUCUCGUGCACAAUGAGAAGCGCUUGGCCGGAAGAGUGUAUAUUCCUGCAGUCUACCGAGAGCUCUCGAGUAAACGCGUCAUGACAGCAGAGUGGAUAGAAGGCAUACGGUUGUGGGACAAGGAGGGCAUCACGAAUCGCUGGCAGGGAGGCUGGCGGACAGGCAGUCCAGGCUCAGGAGGCAGGCAGUUACCUCCGAUUGCAAAGGGCAAUAAGAAAGCCGACACCCAUUUCCCACCAGAUGCGCCAGUACACACUGCUUUGAAGCCAGAUCGCUCAGACUGGAAGGGCAAGAACCACAAUGGCGGCUUGGGCGUCUCAUUGAAAACCACAAUGACUACGAUUGUCGACCUCUUCUCCGCACAAAUGUUCCUCUGGGGCAUUGUCCACUGCGAUCCGCAUCCAGGCAAUAUCUUCGUCCGCCGCCUUCCCAACGGCCAGCCCGAAGUCGUCCUCAUUGACCACGGCCUCUACAUCCGCAUGAACCCCGAUUUCCGACACCAAUACUGUUUGUUCUGGAAAUCACUGCUCGCAUUUGACAACGCCACUAUUCAGGAUAUCGCCACAGGCUGGGGCGUGGGUCAUGCAGACAUUUUCGCUUCUGCAACACUCAUGCGCCCUUACCAGGGUGGAGAUAACAGCGUAGCCAACGAGCUCAAGAAAGGCUGGGAGGGUAAAGACCAGGCUGAACGUGCUUUCCAGAUGCAGUCGAGGGGUAGGGAUGCAAUCAAGCUCAUGCUCGCAGACGACAAGAAAUGGCCCCAGGAACUCAUCUUCAUCGGCCGCAACUUGCGCAUCGUCCAAGGCAACAACCAGUUCCUCGGGUCGCCGGUCAACAGGAUCAAAAUCACGGGCUUGUGGGCGUCAAGAGCACUUACAGAAAGUCCGGAUCUUGCGUACAGCGAGAGGUGGAAGAAUUGGGUCAAGCAUCUGAGAUUUAGGUGUGUGUUGGUCCUCACCGACUUUGCGUUUUACUGGAGCCGCAUCAAGCAAUUGACGGGCUUUGGAGGCGGCAUGGAAGAUGACAUCGAGAGCCACAUGAAAGCCAUGGCCAAGGACUUUGGCGUGGAAUUGCAGCAUGGCGUAUUCGAGGGGUAG